CUUUGGCUAUAAUUCUAUCUGGUAGGUUGCAUGCCGUGGGACAGCCCAACUAUGCUCCCUAGUGGUCAAGGCCCGAAUUUAAAGGACAUCAGAGAAGAAUGGAUCAAAGUUAGAGAAAGUUAGGCCUGUAUAAAGUUGAUAAAGAUGCAUUCAUUUCUGUUAGAAAAUAAUCACAUGACAUAUUGGGUGUUUUCAUGAGAGAAACAGGAGUUUAUAUGUCUACUCCACCGAGAACAAGUGGAGUUGGUGCACUUGGCUACUUCGUCCCGACUCUUUCGUUGUGCUCAACCCCACCGCAUUGACGAAGACGGAUCUAAUGCGCGGUAGGCUACAGAGGGAAGAAAGGACAACACACGGACUAUAUUUCCACGAGGAGGAAAAUAAAUCGAUAAAAAAAAGAAAUUAUUCUACUUUAAAGGUCUCCUCUGCAGCCUCUGCUCUGUCCUGACUGAGAGCCACUGGUGUGUUGCCCACUUUCUCACUGCAUCAUGGGUACCUUCUCCAGCAAGGACGGCCAUGGACCCACAGGGCCCAGCUUGGAUUUGUUCCAAACUCCUCCUACUUCUCCAGUAACCUCCACCCUGCCUACUCUCACUCCGAUCACACCCUCUACACCAGGCCAGCCAGCAGCCCCAGUACCAGUCACAGCCCUAUCCCCAGCACCAGUCACAGCCCAAGGCCCAGCACCAGUCACAGCCCAAGGCCCAGCACCAGUCACAGCCCAAGGCCCAGCACCAGUCACAGCCCAAGGCCCAGCACCAGUCACAGCCCAAGGCCCAGCACCAGUCACAGCCCAAGGCCCAGCACCAGUCACAGCCCAAGGCCCAGCACCAGUCACAGCCCAAGGCCCAGCACCAGUCACAGCCCAAGGCCCAGCACCAGUCACAGCCCUAUCCCCAGUACCAGUCACAGCCCCAGUACCAGUCACAGCCCUAGCCCCAGUACCAGUCACAGCCCUAGCCCCAGCACCAGUCACAGCCCUAGCCCCAGCACCAGUUACAGCCCCAGCACCAGUUACAGCCCUAUCCCCAGCACCAGUCACAGCCCAAGGCCCAGCACCAGUCACAGCCCUAUCCCCAGUCACAGCCCAAGGCCCAGCACCAGUCACAGCCCCAGCACCAGUCACAGCCCAAGGCCCAGCACCAGUCACAGCCCCAGCACCAGUCACAGCCCUAGCCCCAGCCCUAAGUGGGAAGAGACUCCUGCCCGUCAGCCCAGGCUACUCUGUGAUUGGUCCUGGGUUUAUCUCCCUGCAAGGAAGGACAGGAAGUAAUGCAGCAGUGCCUGAAGGGUGGGUUGUGAUGGGGUGUAAUGGAGGCCCCACCAGGUCUAGUCCCAGGAUUCCUGUACCCCAGGGGAAGAGCUCAUCGAUGAGCCCCACCAAGACUCCUUCAUCCCUGGGUAGCUCCCUGUCCUCGGCCAGCCCGAUUAGCCUGGUCAGCCCCUCGGGGCAGAGCGAGAAGGACAGUGGGCUGAGCCUGACCACGCUGGAGCACCAUGGGUCUGCAGACAACCAGGGUGAGAUUGAGAGGCUGGUGGAGGAGUGUAGGACAGCACUGGGUCUCAGUCAGUAUGCAACACUAAACAGCGCAGAUGUGUUGAAGCAUCUGCUAGUGGAGCGCCAGGAGUUGACCGCUGAGGUCCAGAGUCUGCGGGAGACCAUGCAGACGGAGCGAGUGGAGUGGAACCAGUUCCAGUCUGACCUGCAGGUGGCGGUAGCAGUGGCCGACCGACUGAGGGCCGAGGCCGAGGAGGAGCUGAACACGCUCAGAGCGGCUCAGAUGGAUACAGAGCGGGAGCUGGAGGCUGCCCAGCAGAGACAGAAAGAGACUGAUGGGCAGCUGGUCAGCCUGAGAGGAGAGCUGACGGAGAGCAGGCAGAAACUGGUCCACCUCACCCAGAACCAGGGACCAGGACAGGCCCAGGCUCAAGCCAAGACCCAGGGCAUGGAGAGGGCUACUGGGGAGACCAGCACACUGGAGACCCAGGAGGGGACACACCGGGGAAGGGAGAGGGGGAUCAGUAGGUUUGGCCGAGGAAGAGGAGAUGACAAGAUGGAGAAGAGGAGCCAGGAAGAAGGGAAUAAGAAUAUAAGUGUGAAAGAGGCUCGAACGGACACUAAGGGCGUGGCCAACAGGUACUUGAGGAACGUGACCAAUGAGGAGAGGAGUGGAGAGGAAGGGUGUAGCAUGAGGGAGACACAGAGGAUAGUCACACAGGCGAGGGCAAGAAGCCUUUCUAGACUACCCGCAUCUUCAGACUCCCCUGCUGUAAUGAAUGGAACAUCCCAGUCCAAUACUGCCACAAUAGCUGGAUCUAUAAACAAGAACCAAAGUCAAACCAGAGGAAGAAAAGGGCUAGAAUGGCAGGACAGUUGGUCCAGCACUCACACAGGGAAACGGGAGGAGGCAUUGAACCAGUACAACUCUGCCCUGGCAGAGCUGCCCCCAAACACGACCUCUAAGACCAGGUCUCAGGAUGGCUUUAAUCUACUGCUACGCCGCCAUGGAGGCUCCAAGAGGAACUCUCUUCUGCGCUGGUGUCAGAGCCGCACUCAGGGCUACAAGAAUAUUGACAUCACUAACUUCAGCAGUAGCUGGGCGGAUGGUCUGGCCUUCUGUGCUGUGUACCACACCUACCUCCCUUCACACAUCCCCUACUGCACCCUUAGCCCUGACAACAAGAGUGAGAACCUCAGCCUGGCAUUUAAGACGGGAGAGAAUGUUGGAAUCACAACAUCACUGACCAUGGAGGAGAUGCUGAGGGCCGGAGGACCAGACUGGCAAAGAGUUCUGGGAUACGUGGAGUGCAUGUAUCGUCACUUUGAGAUGUAACGCCCAGGACUGUGUGCUUGAGGGAAACCUCGGCGGGAGGUACAGUUCACUGCUAUUGGUGGAAGAAUGGGGAGUGGGAGUCACUCCUCUACUAGCUGAUAUGGUCAUUGACAGCCAUAUAGAGAAAGUUAGGCUUUGUUGGCACAACAGAGCCCCCUUCUGGUCAAGAGUGCAGGUACAGGUUGCUGUAAAUGUCUACACUGGGACCCCAUCAGAAGGUUACACAAAGUAACUGAUCUUAUCAUACCAAACCUUUGCUUAACUCCUAAACUUUUUCUCAGCAGUGCCAUCUAAAGCUGCUGAUCUGUGUCCAGUGCCUUUAGUACCACAGUCUUCCAUUUAAAACAUGUUCAUGUUUUCUGUCCGUUUUAGCACUCUGUAAAUAUGCACUUUUAAUAAGCACUUUGAUUGUAAUUUAAGGGAGGAAGGGGAAAAGGGAGUGUAUUGGAUGCAGUCUCCCUGUCUAGCAAUCCAUUGAUUCUUAUGUAACUAAAAUGUGAACGCUGACUAUGUUGCCAAAGAUGCAGAAUAAAUAAAAUGGGCAAUAUAAAGCUAA